AUGGUGACGACGGCGACGUACGACAGUGGGUUUGGGAUGGGGUGGGGGUGGCGGGUGGGGCAAGGGGUGGCGCGGCGGAUCGUCGGAGGGAGGAUCCCGCGGUGGAGGACGGCGUGGAUAAAGGCAUCCCAGAUGGAGAGACCUUGUGACUGUUGCAAGAGAUAUGCGGACCAUUUGGAUGAAAAGAUGAAGUGUUUCCGCAGGCACAUGGGUGCUGAUUUUAGACAUGGCAUGAUCAUACCAAAGAAGUUCAUAGAUAAUUUCGGAGGAAAAAUCUCAAGAACCAUCGAACUAGAAUCUUAUAAUGGUAAUAUGUAUGUCUUUGAAGUUUCCAAGCAUAUGGGUAAUAUAGCCCUCCGGCAUGGAUGGCAGGCAUUUAUAGAUGAACAUCACAUACAAGAGAAUGAUUCAUUGCUGUUUCGUCACAUUGAGAAAUCCCGUUUUGAGGUUCUGGUCCUUGAUUCUGAUGAUUGCGAAAAGGUGUUCUUCUGCCCUGGCAUCAACAUUGCUAGUAAUGCUGAAGAAAGAGGUGUGCAUUCUGUUGAUAUUUCAAAUGGCUCCCGUGGUAAUGCCACAAGAUCACCAGGAAGCAAAAGGUUUGCUACCUGCGGAAGGCGUAACUCAAGCCAUCCUAGAAAAGUGGCGAAGACAGUCAUAAAUUACUCCUCACCUGAGAAUUCAGGAGAGGACACUGAGAACGAAAAUACAGACACUAUAUACUCAUCAUCUGAGGAUUCAGGAGAAGACACUGAGCCUGCAAAUACAGACAUAGAAUACUCCUCAUCUAGGGAUUCAGAAGAAGGCACUGAAGACAUUCCUUUGGAAUACAAAUCAUCUUUUGAGCUAGAUGAUGGCCACCCACCUUCAGGGCAUGAUUAUGUCUUAGCUCGGGGAAGUACUCUAUCCAGUGUACAGGAUGAGAAAGUAACUACACUUAUCCAGGAUGUUGGAGCUGAAAUUCCUGCGUUCGUGGCUGUCAUGAAGCCGAGCUAUGUCAAGUCACAAACUUCUGCUCUUGUCAUUCCCAAAGGUUAUGCAGAUGAACACUUCCCACCUAAAAGUCAAACCGUGGUACUGGAGUGCCCAGGCAAGAGCGAGAAGUGGCAUCCUAGAUUUCACAUCAGGAAAGAUAAACACGGGGCCAUCCUUUGUGGGUCUGGUUGGUUAGACUUUGUUCGCAAGAGUCGAGUACAGGUGGGAGAUAUCUGCGUCUUUGAAAGAAUGAAGAAGGGCACCGGGAGAAAAUUCUCACUUAGAGUACAUGUACUUCACAAAUCAAUGUUGCAUUCCGGUGGAAGCGGAACUGGUCCUAAAAGAGUUAGCUUAACUCAUGGCAAAACAAUGGUUAAUUCAGGUACCCCUAAAAGAGUACGCACGACUAAUGGUAGAACCAGGGCAAAGGCAACUUCGACGACCUGUGUUAGGAAGGAACCAGGAGGAGAUGCGCCUUAUUCGGUUCACAGCCAUGGUCAUGAAGCACGUCAGGGGCCUGUUGACUCUGAUAAAUCUAGAAGGCCUCGGAAACGUCCCUACAUAAUAUCAUCCACCGCAUGUCUGACCAGGGAGCAGAAGAUGAAUGUCGACAAGAGAGUUCGCGCCCUUCAGUCUAAAGUUCCCAUUUACGUGUCCAUAAUGAACAAGAGCAGUGUUGGCAACAACAGCAUGUACUCGGUAAACAUUUGCAGGGAGUAUGCUGAUGAGUAUCUCCCCGCUGGAGAGCAGACUGUGACACUCGUAACAGCACAGAGGAGCAAGUCAUGGGAAGUCGAGGUGCACCCGAGGGAUGGCGGCGCAAAGGUGCUCAGGGGAGAUUGGCACAAGUUUGCCUGCCACAAUCAUCUGCAAGUCAAAGAUAUCUGCCUGUUCCAGCUGAUGACAGACCAGAGGAAGCUUACGAUGAUGGUCGACAUCAUUCAUCACAAUGAGAAGCGUUAGUUUGAACUUUCCAGCACAUGAGAGUGAACCUCUGGUGGCUAUUCGGCUGCUAUUUUGUGUGUGUUUUUGGUGGUUCUGUAAUCUGCAAACCGUGUGGUUGUGUGGCUACUUUCAAAAGUACUGGAGGUCAAUUGGAAUUUCCUAUAAGAAGACAAGUUCUUUACUAGCUGGGUAAUUCAGGUAGUUAUUUGAUGAUAGGUUGGGUUAUUUACUGAAUCGAUGAAAUAUCAUUGUCUACUAGCUGUGAAUGCUAGUUAUUGCAACUUCC